GCAGCAGUGGGCGUGGCAAAGGCUUAGGCCCAGACAGCGAGGAGUGGUCGGCACUCUCUUCCCCAUCCUCCCCUUCCUCUUCCCCGACGGGGAAAGGCUGAGGGCCGGCCACGGAGGCCUCAGGUCCAGACGGCCCCCUCGUCAGGAGAACCCGGACCGCGUCAGGGCGAAUGCUCCUGAUUGUGACAUCACACCGUUCCCUUGGCAUGAAACAUGUCACUAGGAAAAAAGACUCAAUUGGAGAAUAACCAACAAGAUGGGGUACUUGGAGCAUCUCCUGUGUGGCACUGAGUGGAGGCAUCAGGGGGCUGGAACCUUUUAAACAGGGACCCUGCCCCCACCACUUAGAAGAUAGAGUCUUACUGUGUAGCGUGGAGCUCUGGAGCCGGCUGACCUCCAGCUUGAGAUCCCCGUGCCUGUAUCUUCUGAGUGCUGAGAUUGCAGGACCUGGGUUUCAGUGAUGAGACAUGGGGUAUGAUGUAACCCGUUUCCAGGGGGAUGUUGACGAGGACCUUAUCUGCCCUAUUUGCAGUGGAGUCUUGGAGGAGCCUGUACAGGCGCCUCAUUGUGAGCACGCCUUCUGCAAUGCCUGCAUCACGCAGUGGUUCUCCCAGCAGCAAACGUGUCCCGUAGACCGCAGUGUUGUCACGGUCGCCCACCUGCGCCCCGUGCCUCGGAUCAUGCGGAACAUGCUGUCAAAGCUGCAGAUCGCCUGUGACAACGCUGUGUUCGGCUGCAGUGCUGUUGUCAGGCUGGACAACCUCAUGUCCCACCUCAGUGACUGUGAGCACAACCCCAAGCGGCCGGUGACCUGUGAGCAGGGCUGUGGCCUGGAGAUGCCCAAAGAUGAGCUGCCAAACCAUAAUUGCAUUAAGCACUUGCGCACUGUGGUACAGCAGCAGCAGACGCGUAUAGCAGAGCUGGAGAAGACAUCCGCUGAACACAAGCACCAGCUGGCAGAACAGAAGCGGGACAUCCAGCUGCUGAAGGCAUAUAUGCGAGCAAUCCGCAGUGUCAACCCUAACCUUCAGAACCUGGAGGAGACAAUCGAAUACAACGAGAUCCUCGAGUGGGUGAACUCCCUGCAGCCCGCAAGAGUGACCCGCUGGGGAGGGAUGAUCUCCACCCCUGACGCUGUGCUCCAGGCUGUCAUCAAGCGCUCCUUGGUGGAGAGUGGCUGCCCAGCCUCUAUUGUCAAUGAGCUGAUUGAAAAUGCCCACGAACGUAGCUGGCCCCAGGGUCUGGCAACACUAGAGACGAGACAGAUGAACCGGCGCUACUAUGAGAACUAUGUGGCCAAGCGCAUCCCUGGCAAGCAGGCUGUGGUAGUGAUGGCCUGUGACAACCAGCACAUGGGUGAUGACAUGGUGCAGGAGCCAGGGCUCGUCAUGAUCUUUGCGCAUGGUGUGGAGGAGAUCUGAGAGCAAAACUGGCUUAUCAGGAAGAGGGAGACUUGGAAAAAGCCACGCUCUGGCAGCUGAACCCUGAGUUCUCCACUGUCCUUACACCACGGCUAGUAAUUGAGCCACAUGCUCCCUGCUUUUCUGGCACGAAGGACCUUAGGGCACUUUGUUCAGCCUUUCAGCAUGGGCCGGGAGGGGGGUUGGGGAGCCCAAAUUCCUGCCUUUUGCCUAUAUUCCUCCCCCACAAUGUCUGUGCAUUUUCAGUCUGGGUGGGAAAAUCCUCACUUCCUGUAUUUUCCUGCCUAAGAUCCCUGGUUCCCAAAUAUUUUCAGAAAGCACAAAGAAACUGUUUUCCCUAGAGGAUCAGGGUGGCAUGAGGAAUAUCUAAUUAUCCCUCUCUUCCAAAACUAGGGAGUCCGAGCAGGCAGGCUUGCUUACUCCAUGCAGCAUUGAGAGAGCAGUUCUGAGGAGCAGGCACCCAGCAGAAGAGCUAAGGGUGUGACCAGACUCCCAGUGACUAGUGAGGCGCCAGGGUCUUGAUGGUCAUCACUGACAGCCCUUGGGGAAGACCUUUGUGGAGCGCACCCCUCUCCAGCCCACCUUGAAGGUGCAGGCCUUGCUGGGAGCAUGGGGUGGGAUGCUGAGAUGUCCACUUGAACUACUCUUUCCUAUACUUUUUCCUAAUUAGGGGAAGGCAGGGCUGGGCUGGGGUUGAGAGCAUUGAGGCUCACACACAGCGGGAAGCUGCUGUCUGCGGAUCUAGGGUGGACACUGCCUCUGUGGUAUGUCUGUAGGGCCUCCUUAGGCCCCUCUUCAGCCUCUGAUUGUACUUAGUUUGAUUUCCUUCGGUGGUGUUUGUUUCUAUUUGCUGAGUCACAAAUCCCGUCGUCUGUUACCUGGUCUUGUUUUCAUAGAAUGGCUUGGUUGUGCCUACCCUUCUCUCCAGCACAGCCACAUUACUGGCAAUUUAAUUUAUUUACUUUUUUUUUUUUUUUUCUUAAGAAAGAAGAAAAGAAAAAAAAAAUCAACAAAACUUAAAACCUUUUUUUCUGCUGUUCAUAUUGUGGGGAUUCUGGGUAGGGUGGGGCUGGGUAGGAUCUGUUUUAUAUGUUUUCUUUUCAGCACAAUCUUUGAUGUCUGCUCUGACCUUCCCCUCCAUCACCCUAUUUGAGACAGGUACUUUGGCUGUAGCAGUCCAGCAUUGGGGCCUGUGCCCCAUGAAGAAGUUUGUUCCCACCCCCUCGGAAUCUCCUGUGAAGCCCUAGAAUUAAGUGUCAUAUACAUUUGAAGGCAACUCUUCUCCCGUUUACUGAGGAAAUUUCUGUUUAUGUGGGUUCUAACCUUCACCAGGCAAAUUAGAUUUGUCUCCAAGCAGGCCGAAUACACAGCCUGACUAAGGUCUACCUAAGGACUUGGGGUCCAUUUUAGGCUGACCCAGGUCAUUGCUGGGCUCCCUGGAGCGGCCAGUAAAGUGAGCAAGAGGAAUAGUAGUUGUGAUUCUUUUAAAAGCACAGGUGGCUGUGGGGUUGGAGGGAUCGUAGUUGUGAUUCUUUUAAAAGCACAGGUGGCUGUGGAGUUGGAGGGAUCGUAGCUCCCCGUCACAGAACUGUGGCUUCUCUGGGAGCUCCAUUCCAGGUUGGUCUGGCUAGUUCAGUCAUGGCUCCUUUGGGAUUAGUUAGGACCAUAAGGAAAAGGUGGAUGUUCCAGCUCCAGGGCACUGAGCUCAGGAAUUUUAAAAGGCUGCUAUACAUGGUCUGGUUAUUGCAUUUCUUCAUUCCUCUUUGCCUCUGCCUCCUUUGCCCAGGCCUACACUGUUCCAUCCUUCCUCUCAGAUGAGAGAGGAGACUGAAGCUUCCCAUCCUUUGCAGAGGUGUCUGCAGUUCUCUGUGCUGCAUGUGCUGUCCAUGGUGUUCACUGCACUAAUAAAUCGUUCCCUCAACUCCUAAGUGCUUAGUCACUCCCUUGCAGAGGAUUCUUCCUCGAUCUGACCUUUCAUUUCCAUUACCUGUCUUCCUUGCUUGGUGAUAUACCUUAGACCUCUGCCUUAGGAGACCGUCUGCCUGGGCAUUGUAUACUCUUUACAUACUUUGUGUUCUGUUCUCUCCGGCCUCUAGUGAGCUUAACUGUAUUCUCUUCAUAGGUGGCUGUUAGCCUGAAUUGUUUUCCUAAAUGUUACUGCAUUUGGGGGACAUUUCAGAAGACUUUCUAUCACCUCUUUCUAGCAAGUACUCUUGAUCUAGAAGCCUACUGCAAGUGGGGAAGCUUCUGCCCCUGGGGGUAGGGAGGAAACCUGAAACAACUCUCCUACUAUCUUCAAACAAAAGUCUUUGAUAAGGGAGGUGGCUCUGGGGGUAAGAACUCUUGCUCCACAUUCAUGAGGAUCUGAGUUCAAAUUCCCAGCCCCUGCAUAAAAAACUCCCUCACUGUGUGGGUGGGCAGAGGGGGGAGGCUCACUAGUGCUUGCUGGGCCCUGUCCUCAAGUUCAGUGACAGACAGUGUCUCAAAGGAAUAAGGCAGCCAGGUGUAUGGAGCAUGCCCUUAAUCCCAGUAGGCAGAUCUCAGUGAAUUUGGGGCCAGCCUCCUCUACAUUAUGAGUUCCAGGACAGCCAGAGCUGUUAAAGGACUAAGGCAGAGUAAUCAAACCGGAAACCCUGCUCACACACUUGCUAAACACUUCUUGUUAUUGGCUUAUCGCUACUGUGAAAAGCCACCUGUGUGUGUGUGUUUAAGGAUGAUUUAUUCGCAUAGUGUUUUGCCUGCAUGUAUGUCUGUACACUACAUGCAUGGCUAUUGCCCAUAGAGUCCAGAAAAGGGCAUUGGGUCUCCUACAACUGGGUCACAGAAGGUUAUGAACUACCAUGCUUGUUUGAACCUAGGUGCUAUGCAAGACAGCCAGUGCUCUUCUACUGAGCUGUCUCUACAGCCCACAGCUGUCCACUGAACUUGUUGGCCCUUUAUCACGCACUGAUGUAAAUCUAAUGGACUCUCUGGAUACUUCAGUUGGCUGAAAGGGCAUUGAACUCUCUGAGCCGUCACUCUUCAAGCACAGAACCUGACCGGACAGUCUUGAACCAGCUGCUGAGAUGCACACGUGUAGUCCUAGCACUCUGGAGAUUGAAGCAGGAGGAUUGUGUCAGAGGUCAUUUGUUCUACAUGGUGAGUUUCAGGCCAGCCUGAGCUUCCUACUGAGAUUCAGUCACAAUGUGGAACCCUGAGAAGCGAUAUGUGCCUCUGUCAGAGAAAUACCUUUUUUUUCCUUUGAAGCAGUUCCUUUUUUUUUUUAAUGCAUAUAAGUGUUUUGCCUGCAUAUGUUUGUGUACCACAAGCAUGCCGGUUGUGUAAGGAAUGCGGAAGAGGUCCUCUAGGUCUGGAAUUAUGAAGGGUUGUGAGCUACCAUGUGCGUGCUGGGAAUUGACUGGCUAUGCACCCUUUGGAAGAGGAGCCAUUGCUCUAACCAUUGAGCACUCCAUUCCUAGCUGUUCAUUUUUAUUGUCAUCAAUGGUACCUUGUUUGUUUGUUUGUUUUAGGCUAGAAAAAAUAUCACUGUAUAGCCUUGGCUGACUUGCCUGAAACUAGUGCAGACUAGGCUAGCCUUAAAUGCAUGGAGAUGGCCUAUAUCUGUCAUCCAAGUGCUGGGGUAUGCCACCACAUAGAUCCCGUAUGCCUUUUUUUUUCUGAGGCAAGGGUUUUUUAUUAGGGUUCAGUUUAUAGAAUGGAAAGGUAGAUGUAUAGAUAGAUACAUACAUGUAGAUAUAAAGGGGAUUUAUUUGAGUGGCUUACAGGCUGUGGUCCAGCAAGUCCAGCAAUGGCUUUCUACCAGUGGGAGGUCAAAGAAUCCAGCAAUUAUUUAGCUCAUGAGACAAAUGUCUCAGCAGGUCUUCUAUAUAUGCUGGAAUCCUGAAGAAGUAGGCUCUAAUGCCAGUGAGGUCAUGGUCUUGCCAAUGAGAAUGUGGGCAAGCAGGCAAGGAGAAAGCUCCCUCCUUCAUGUCCUCUAUUUAGGCUGCCACCAGGAGACAUGGCCCAGAUUAAAAGUGAAUCUUUUCUACCUUAAAAGAUAUGGAUCAAAGGUAAGUCUACUUCAGAUUAAUUUUAAAAAUCUCUCCCAGCCUUUUUAGUUUUGGUUAAUUACAGAUUUAGUCAAGUUGACAACCAAGAAUAGCCACCACAGGUCUCAUAACAUAUACUGGACUCAUUGCUGUGUGAGAGCUGGAGAGAGAGCUCAUAAUGUUCUCUCCCCCAACCCCAGACAGGAUUUCUCUGUAGCCUUGGCUGUCCUGCUCUCACUUUUAUAGACCAGGCUGGCCUCAGCUCACCUGCCUCUGUCUCCCUGAGUGCUGGGAUUAUAGGUGUGUACCACCACACCCAGAUCAUAAUCUUUUGGAAGACUGGAGUUAAGGUCCCACCACCUGAAUCAGGCAGUUCACAAACACCUGCAACAACAGUGUCACAGGAUCAAAUACCCUCUUCUGGGCUCUGUGGGGACUCAUGUACAGACACACAUAUUAAAUCUUGGUUGGUGUUUUGGUUUUGCUGGGAUUACAGGUGUAUAGCACUGUGGGUACCUGGCUAUGUUUUAAUUUUCAAUAUUUAUUUUUGAGUGUUUUUCCCUUUAUGUACUGUCCAUGUAUGCCUGAUGCAUGUGGAGGGCAAAAGAGGGAAUCAGAUUCCUUGGAACUGGAGUUAUGGAUGGUUGUGAGCCACUGUGUAGGUGCUAGGAGUCAAACCUAGGUCCUCUGCAAAAGCAACAAGUGUUCUUAACCCCCAAGGCAUCUCUAGCUCAUUUUUAGAUUUAUUUAUUUAUUAUACUGCAUUCUGCCUGUGUGUGUAUCUGCGGACACGAUCUCAUUAUAGAUGGUUGUGAACCACCGUGUGGUUGCUGGGAAUUGAACUCAGGACCUUUGGAAGAACAGCCAGUGCUUUAACCUCUGAGCCAUCUCUCUAGCCCCUCUAGCUCAUUUUUUAUUUUUUAUUUCUAAAAGAUAAUUUUAAAAACGAAGUUUUGUAGCUGAACAUGGUGGCACACCCCUGUAAUCCCAGCAUUCAAGAGGCAGGUGGAUCUCUGAGUUGAAGGCCAGCCUGGUCUACAGAGUGAGUUCUAGGACAGUGAAGGCCACACAAAGAAACCCUGUAUAGCCAAGGCUAUAACAGAAAUACUGAUUUGAAAAUCCAAAAUAAAUAAGUAAAGCAUAAGCUGAGCAUGAUGGUGUAUCCCUUUAAUCCCAGUGCUGGGAAGGCAGAGCAAGUGGGUCUCUUAUGAGUUCAAAGCUUGCCUGGUCUACAUAGUGAGCUCCAGGCCAUGUAAUAAGAGCCUGUCUCAAAACCAAAAAGAUAGGGCUAGGAUGGUUGUUGAGAAGGUGAUGGUGCCUGAUGACAUCAGGCCUGAAUUUGAUUUUUGUAGAGGUGAGAAGGGACCCUGAAUUAAGCACCCCAUGCCAAGCAGUUCACAGCUACCUGUAACCAGCCCAGGAGAACUACUAUGGCGUCCUUGGGCUCCUGCUUACAUGUAGUAUACAUGCACACAGACACACAAAUGAAAAUGAUGUCUGCUACAUACUCAGUUCUGAAGCUACACAUGGAGAAAACACAAAAGCUAGUCAUGGUGGUGCAUGCCAUAAUCCCAGCACUCGGGGAGGCAGAGGCAGUUGGGUCUACCAAGCGAGUUCAGGACAGCCAAGGCUACAAAGAGAAACCCUAACUAAAAAAAAAGACAGGACAAUGAAUGUACCAAGGUCAACUACAGGGGUGGGUGACUAGAACAAGAAGACUUGGUACAGUUGACUCAUUUUCAAGUAGCUUGUAAACCAGGUGUGAGAUGUUCCUGGGUGUGUGUGUGUAUGUGAUAUCCUUCCUAACUGUUGGUUAAGGUAGGCUUAGCUCAAGUCUUUUAGGAUAAACAACAGAGGCCAUUUUCUUCAACCAGUAUAAUUUCCAGUUGCAUCCUAAAUACUUAACCCUCAAAAGAGAAGCUUCAUUUUGAAGCAGAUUUGAGACCAUUACAGAAACCCACAAUUCAUGAAAAUACAGAGAAACAACUAGCUGCAGAACAUCUAGCCAACUGAUACAUCUACAGGACAACUCCUACAUGUUCAGGGAAUAUUGAGGAAGAGAGGGCAGGGAGAUUAGAAGAGUCAGAGGAUGAGGACAUUUGCUUUGAGAUUGUUUUCUGUAUGACAGGGAGCUGCCCCCAUGAGACUUAAACAAUGUGGCCAAACAAGACCUGAACAGUUGACAUGCCAGUGUGGAUGAGGGACAUUGAUGGAGGCCCACCUCUGAUGGGAAACUCCGAGCAAUGACUGCUGAAAGAGGAAGAAGUUACCUUUUCAGGGCUGAACCUCGAAGGUUAACCAGUCAAUGGUCAGCCCAACAAAAAUACAAUGAACAACACUAAAUGGACUCAGCGGGUUAUAGUUACUUGUAUGUGUGUGAGAGAGAGGGGGAGGAGGGUUGGGCACAGUGGUGCACAUCUUUAAUCCCAGCUCUCAGGAGACAGAGGCCAAUGGAUUUCUGUAGAUUCAAGGCCAGCUUGGGUUGCAUAGUGAAACCAUGCCUCAAAAAAAAAAAAAAAAAAAAAAAAAAAGCCAUGAAUUUAGGGGAUAACAUGGGAUGGAUUGGCAGGAAAAAAAAAGGAGGAAAUGUAAAUAUAGUACAAUUUUAUGUGUGCUAAUAUCUAUAUAUACAAAUGUAUUUAUGGUUCACAGUAAAUAUAAAAAAUUUAAAAAUUUAGCCAGGCCAAAAGGUAUCUAGGUAGCAGGAAUGGUUCAACAAGUAAAAGAUAAGUGCCACCAAUCCUGGAGAUGUGAGUUUGAUCCUUGAGUCCACAUGUAGGAAGGACUCUGGCCCCUCGGGGAGAGGAAGAGGGAAAAGGGGGCUAUAGCUGGCAUACAAAGUGAAUAAGCUGUAAUUAAUAAUAAGCUGUCCCCUCACCUCCACAGGCACAUAUCAAGUACCAUAACCUCAGACCCAUGGGAAAUGCAAAGCUUCCCACACCAUGAGGCUCAGAAGGGUAGCAAAGUCUUCCUCUUAUCCAUGGGCAGAAGUUGAUAGUGAGUGGAAACUAUCCACCACAGCUUUCUCCCUCCUCCAUGGUAUUUAUGACCUGAGGAGUGUUCCUCUACAGUGACUUCUACUGAGAUUAACUAAACCUACCUCCUUGUUCAGCUGUGUAUAAUAAUCCUGGCUCCUUGUUCAGAUGUGUGCAAUCCCCUUUGUCUCACUUCUCUGUUCAACUGAAUAUAACUACACUGAGCUCCCAUCACAAAGCCCUGUCCACUUAAUCCCAACAUUUCUGUGUUUCUGCCCAUGCAUAUUUGUCGCUUCUUUGUUCCCUGAAUGUGGAAGUUACACCUCUGCACUCCCAAGUUGUAGAAGGCUGAAGCAAGAAGACUGAGAAUUCAAGUCCAUGCUAAGGAGGGAUGUGCAUAGACUUUCAUGCCAGGGUCCCAGGUUCCAUCCCCAGCACCAAGAAGGGGCAGGAGUUGGCGGCCAUCUUAGACUGCCCAGCAAGUUCUAGGCCAGCCUGCUGGACUAUAUAGUAAGACCUUAUAAACCCAAACAGGAUGGGCAUGGUAGUUCUCAUCUUAAAUAACAGCACUCAGGAGACAGAGGCAGGUGGUUUUCUGAGUUCAUGGCCAGCAUGGUCUACAUAGGGAAUUCCAGGACAGCCAGGGCUACAAAAAAAAAAAAAACACCAUCUUAAAAAAACAAGGAAUGGUGACGCUUACCUAUAAUUUCAACACUUAAGAGGCUGAGGGAAGAAAAUAACUUUGACUAAGCUGGGCUACAUAGUAAGAUACUAUCUAGCCAACCUGGGCUACAGAGCAAGUUCCAGGGCAGCCAUGAUUACACAGGGAAACACUAUCUCAAACAAAAGAUCCUGUAUAGAAUAAGAAAAUUCUUAUUAUACUCUGAUUUGGAGUUGUCAUAUGAAAGUUUGUGGCUUUGUUCUGAAUCCAUGAAGUACUGACCCAGUGGAACAGGAAAAGUUCAAGGUGGUACUGGCUAAUUUUAUGUCAACUUGACACAGGCUAGGGUCAUCUUAGAGAAGGGAGCCUUAAAUGAGAACAUGCCUCCAUAAGACAGGGCUAUAGGAAAGUACACAGGGCAUUUUCUUAAUUAGUGAUUCAUGGGGAAAGGCCCAGAAGAUUGUAGGUAGUGCCAUCCCUGGGCUGGUGGUCCUAUGGUGCUGAGCAAGCACCACCCUCCAUGGCUUCUGCACCAGCUCCUGCCUCCAGGUUCCUGCCCUGUUUGAUCCUUUCUUGACUUCCUUCAGUGAUGGACUAUGGUGUGGAAAUGUAAGCAAAAUAAACUCUUUUCUCCCAAA